UAAACAUUUAGACCUGACUAUAGCACAAACAGUUAACAAAGGGAUCGAUUUCCAAUAUAGGUUUCACAAUAAGUAGUUGACUUCCUGGAUUAUUUUGAAAUACCUCAAAAAAUCAUUUAACGUUAUAUAUAUAUCUUAAACGGAAUAUGUUUAAAAAUGAUAAUAUUAUGAUUUUGUCAACCAUUGGGAUAAAUAUUGGCCAUUCACCGCUACAAAACCGCUACCAGUUUUCCUAACCCAGCACAGAAAGAAUGUUUAACGCUUCGGAUGCAUCCAAGCCCGAGCCCCCUCAGUAUAACUCCCUGUACCCGCCCGAGGGUAAAGUUUCGUCGUCUAUCAGCGAUCCCGCGUAUCCACCUCCGCCGUCAUAUCCGCCACCCACAUCGCCGCUUCCGGUUCCGGCACCUCAAUCGCCCGUCUUCGGACUGGGAAACAACCGAGUCGAUGUCGAAGAACAGUUCAAUACAAACAGCUUCUCUGACGCUGCUGUCCGUAGAGGAUUUAUACGCAGGGUGUAUCUGUUGCUGUUUGCAAUGCUCAUGUUCACGUUUGCCAUAGUCAUGGUCUUUACACUUGUGCAGCCGAUAUCGACGUUUGUUCGAAAGAACCCAGCGUUUUUCUAUUCGUCUUUUGGAGUGCUCUUCCUCGUGUUUCUUCUCAUCUUUUUCAUUAAAGACACUUACGGGCGGAAGCACCCUUGGAACCUCAUACUCCUAGGUGUUUUUACCCUGGCGUUUACAUACAUGGCGGCCACACUAAGCAGCUUCUUCACCACGGACAGCGUGAUUGUUGCGGCCGCCAUGACAGCUGCCAUAUGUCUGUCAAUCACGCUGUUCUCUAUCCAGACAAAGAUUGACUUCACGUUGUGCAGCAGUCUCAUAUUUUGUGUCUGUCUUGUUCUUCUCUACUUCGCCAUCGCCUGCUUGGUGUUGCGGUUCGGCAUGGUGAACGGACGGGUACUGGACGCAGUAUAUGGGGGAGCUUUUACCCUGGUCAUGUCACUAGUGCUGGUGAUUGACACUCAGCAGAUAGUCGGCGGCAAGAGACUCGAGAUGAACCCGGAGGAGUACGUGUUUGGGGCGCUCAUUCUCUAUAUCGACGUCAUAUACAUCUUCAUACUCCUUCUAGCAGCUUUCGGCAAGUCUGACUAAGCAUCUGGGGUGACACCUUUACCACAUGCAUCAAGCCCGGUUUUCCCCAGAACGCGGCUCUGUGUAUGCCUCAAGCGUCUGCUCUCUACAUUGAUGUAAUCUGUAUCUUUCUUAUACUUACUUGAAGCGUUCGCCAUAUCAACGUAGGACUUUUACGAACGCAUAUAAUGUAUCUUCACCUUCGACGUCGUCUAUAUUUUUAAGAGUUCGGACAACGAACUUGUUUAUGCAAAAUUUUCAGUAUUGUCGUCUACUACGAGUAUGGUGCCCCCCUCACAGGUGGUCGUGGCGAAUUUUUUGUCAAAACGCACAUCAAUAUUACGGGGCAAUCGUGCUGCGAUGUUUUCAACUGCGAUUUGCUAAAAUUGGAAACGCACCACGACUGCACAUUUCCCGCCGAGUUGCCAUAUGAUGACUAUGCAAACAUCACAUGAUAACGAAAUACCCGCGUUUGUUUUGAGAUCUUGACAACGUGCAAGAGAGGUUGUAUUAUCUUAUGACAUGUGUGUAUCCAUUAUGCAGUGUUAUUGUAAUUGUUAUAUAUAUUUAUUAGAAUUAAAACACGUGAUUUGUAUUGUAGAGUAUAAACGUUAGUCGAUAAUUUUUAAAACCUGAUAUUAUUACAAGUUCACAAUUCACAAAGUAUACUUUAAUAAAUUAUACAAGUGCUAUUAACUUACACAUGUAAUUAAACAAUACAUAUUACUAUAUUGUAACAUCACUUUCCUACUUACAUCUUCGCCAAAUAUGUGUUUCUGUGAUGGUUCCAAAAUUCUUUAAUCAUUUACGUACUAUUUGAAUUGUCCAAGAUUUGUCCGUUUUAAAAACAGAAGAAAUUUUCAUUUUUGGGUAACAUCUACAUGUUUGAUCAUAUGAACCAGUAUAUAGCAACGAGUUAAUACACAUGACCUGCGUAGACAGGGGCUGACUUUGUUUAAGUGUGGUUAGAUGGAACUGACUUACAAAAUGGCGUCGUUUACGUGAUUUUUGACAAAGAGUAACGUGUACUUGCGUCCGGUAAGCCAUUUUAUUUCUAUAGUUGGUUUAAAUGCGCCCUUUCGGCUCUACGGUGUUUGUGCUUCCAUCGGUUUUUUGUUUCCAGAUCGUUGACGUCGGAAUAAAAGUUAUUGAAGGAAACCCCUCCACAAAUGUGUUGUUUACUUAC